AGCUGGCCUCCUCCCUGCGCAGCAUGGCCGACUCGCCUCUCAAUCACUCCUGGCCGUCCUUCUCUAAACUCUGGAUGAAGAGAUGGUCCUUCAAGAGAGCAUCUGAUUCAUGUAGUCACUCCUGUGGGAAUCCCAAUGGGCAACUCGGCGUCCGGCCCCUUGCUCCCAGUGGGAAAAGGUCUUCGACCUCAUUAACCCCGGCCUCCAUCACAGAGGAUGAGUUCUUCGGCAGCAACGUUGAUGACCAGGAUACAUGUUCUGUAGUCGGCGACUACGACUGUCCCUUUGUGGAGGAGGGCAGCAGUGUGGAAGACCUGCAAGGCCUUAGUCCCUCUCUCACAGACUCUGAGUACUUCAGAGACCUGGAGGGAGCCACGCUGACCUCACAGACCCCUGCAUCAACAGGAACCACUAAAAGAACAGAGCGAAACAGCCAGCAGCCUGUUGACUCACAGCUGCUGUCAAACACAGACAGUCCAAUCACUGACCGGCCUACGCAGACCGCUCUGACCACACACUGCACGCAUGUCGAUGCAACAUCACUUCCCUUCUGCACACAACCUCCGGAGGAACUUCCCUCUGACCUCGUCACUCAGCUCAGUCUUGAGCUGCUCUCAGGUUGUCUCUUUGACGGUGGUGACUCCGCUGACCCUUCUUUACAUUUUAACUUGAUGUUUACUCAAAAUGGAGAGCUGGGAUCCUUAGAAACUGUCGAAGCAACAACAGGACUUGAAGAGAUAAAGGGCCAAGCAAUGAUGGAUUUAGAUGGAGAGCCAGACCUGGACAGUUUACCUAUUCUGGUCAGAUCCAUGUCGACAUCUCGGCGGCAUAGCUGGGGGGUCCCUCUGUCACCCAUCAGCUCUGACAGGAGGUUGAGUCUGGACACCAUAGCCAUAGACAGCGAUGAUGAGGAGCAGCAAAGUAGUCUUUUCCAGUCCACCCUGCAGCAGUCUGACAGCUGCUCUGCAUCAACCGGAGAGGAGUCCGAUGGCUCCAGCAUGAAGCUGCCCAUGCCACAAGCGCUCAUCUUCUCUCAGACCACCGGUGUGCCUGGCAGGCCGCUGUACUCUCGCUCAGACAUCCUCGCCACAGAUGAAUGUUCCCGAGCGGCGCACAUUUCUCGUGUCGUACAGACGUCCAAACAGGCCGCGAGGGCAGCAGGAGUGGCCGAGGAGUUCGACCCUGAAGAAAACCUGCACUCGACUGAAGACCAGAGCCAUAUGCUGAUGGUACAGAAAGUUCUGCAGGAGCUAAAGCUGUACCACGGAGCAAAGCAGAGAAGCAACAGUUCAGACACCAAAAAAUCAGGAAAUGUCACUUGGUACGAGUUCCUUUCAAAUGAGAAUGAGGAAGAGGAGGAUCGUACAGAGAAGGUGGAGAAAGGCGCCAAGGUGAGAAGGACCUUCAGCUCUCUGAGGAACAGGGUGACCGGCUCCUUCAACAAAGACAAGGGUAAGAACCGAGAGAAAGAGCUGCAGAGAGAGAGAGAGAGAGCGAAGGAGAAGGACAAGGAGAAAGUGUGCCAUAGCAGCAACGGGCAUCGCUUGGUGCCAGGCUCCUUCUCCAGCUCCGCCACCUGCUCACUGUGCAGCAAAAGCCUGCAGAAAAAGCAUGGCCUGCAGUGCAUGAAUUGUGCUGUGAAUGUUCACAAGAGCUGCAAGUCUCUGCUGGGUGAGUGCACCAGCAGCAGGAACAAGAAAGAUUGUCUUCCGAAGGCCGGCACAUCAUCUCCUAACAUUGCGCUGAAAGACCGGGACAGAGAAAAGGAUCAGGCAGGCACAGCUACAUCCCAGGUCCUGGAUGGCCGCAGACCAAGUAUCCCAGGCAUGACCCUUAGUUUGUGUGGCCCUAGCACGUCUGCCGCCCAGAGCACCAGCUCCACGUUAGUCCCUGCCUGCAGCGCUGGUCACGGUCUUCGUCACAACAGCAGCUCAGUUCCUUCUGCUUUGGAUAAAUGCAUGUGCUCGUCCCUGAGGGUAUUUGUAUGUUCAAGUUUGUCUAACUUUCGGCAUGUAUGCCACCCUGGACCCCUCAGAUCCCUCUCAGGGGAGAUGGAUGAAACAGAUGCUGGCGGAUUCAAACGCUGCAAUGAUGACUCAAUUUCCCUCGCUUCUUCCAUCGCUGAGUCCAUCGUUGUAGAAGAUGCCAACUAUGGAGCAGUGAGAGUUGACCUCGAGUCAGAUGCUCAGGACUUUAAGGCAGACUCAUGGAGUUUGGAGGUUGACCCACAGUAUCUAAAGAAGCACUCGAAGGAAGUGGUGAAGAGGCAGGAUGUGAUAUAUGAACUGAUGCAGACGGAGAUGCACCACGUGCGAACACUGAAGAUAAUGCUGCUUGUGUACGCCCAAGAGUUGAAGGAGAACCUUCAGAUGGACUCGAGCCGACUGGACUGUCUGUUCCCCCGACUGGAAACCCUCCUGGAACUUCACACACAGUUCUUCUCUCGCCUCAAAGAGAGACGGCGAGAAAACCUCGUUUCCCCCAGCACCAAGAACUACACUAUCAACAGAGUGGCAGACAUCCUAAUCACACAGUUCUCGGGUGAAAUAGGAGAGAAAAUGAAGGAAAGUUAUGGAGAUUUCUGCAGUCACCACGCUGAAGCUGUCAGCUACUACAAAGAUCAGCUGCAGAACAACAGACGGUUUCAGAACCUCAUAAAAAAAAUCAACAACCUGUCCAUUGUGCGACGGUUAGGAAUAACGGAGUGUAUUCUGUUGGUGACACAGCGGAUUACGAAGUACCCAGUCCUGGUGGAGCGCAUUCUGCACAACACUGAAGUGGGGACUGAGGAGCAUGAGAACCUGACUCGGGCACUGAGUCUGAUUAAAGACACCAUUGUACAGGUGGAUGCGCUGGUUAAUCUGUACGAGAAGAACUCUAGACUUCAAGACAUACACAACAAGAUAGAGCCAAAGGCUUCGGGAAAAUUCAAAGAUGGCCGGGUGUUUCGCAGGGAGGACCUGACGCAGGGCAGGAGACAACUGCUUCAUGAGGGCACAGUCAGCUGGAAGGCUGCUUCUGGCAGACUCAAAGAUAUUCUUGCUGUUCUGCUGUCAGAUGUGUUGCUUUUAAUACAAGAGAAGGAUCAGAGAUAUGCGUUUGCUGCAGUUGAUAAUAAGCCACCAGUGAUCUCUCUCCAAAAGCUGAUAGUCAGAGAAGUGGCCCACGAGGAGAAAGCCAUGUUUCUUAUUUGUGCCUCUUCCAAUGAGCCAGAGAUGUACGAGAUCCACACCACCUGUAAAGAGGAGCGAAACACUUGGAUGACGCACAUUCGACAAGCUGUUGAGAACUGUCCUCACUCUGAAGAGAGGCUGUUCAGCGAAGAAGAGGAGGCUCGGGCUGUCAGGCUCAAAGAAUUUCAAGAGCGGCUGAGCCAGAAGGAUGCAGUGAUUGUUCAGGCUCUUACAGAGAAGCUGCAGCUGUUUGCAGAGAUGGCAGAGUCUGUGUCCGGUCUGGAGGAAGUAGCUUCACGUUCCAGACUUAUGCUUCGAGGAGACACCUCAGACCUCCAGCAGGGGGAGACCCUGCUCAAAGGAGCCAUCACGGAGGUUGAGAACCUGCAGAACUUGCUGCAGUCUGGAGUGGGGGAGGAGACUCAACCAUCUCGGAUGGAGGAAGGUGGAGGUUCUGGGGUUCUGCCCAGACGAGCAGACACAUUUGGUGGCUAUGAUAGUAACCCAACCAUCUUCAUUAAGAAUGGCAGUAUGAAGAAAAGUUUUUCUUGCAAGCCCAGAAACCGAGACCGAAGCCAAAGAGCCAGUUCGGACCCUCAGCUCAAAGACCUGUGUGGCAGCCACACUCUGGAGCAGACGGUUGAUGAGACCUGCUGCUCUCCUCCAAGGUGGAACUGCAUCUGGUCCAACUCGUUUCCUGAAGCUGAGUUCUUUGACAGAGUGUUGAUGCUCUCCCAGAGGCUUUAUAGCUUGCAGGCCAUCAUAUCGCAGCAGGACAGUCAGAUCGAGCUGCAGCGGGCCUCACUGACAGAGCGGGUGCCGCUGCCAGGCCGUCACAGAGGAAACGUGCUUCUGGAGCAGGAGAAGCAGCGGACUCUGGCUCUGCAGAGAGAGGAGCUGGCCACCUUGCAUAAGCUUCAGUCUCAGCACAGGCAGGAGCAGCAGCGCUGGGAGAAGGAGCGGGAGAGGCACCGCCAGCAGGUUGAGGCUACCGAGGCCAGGCUACUGCAAAGAGAGGAGGAGUGCAGGCGGCUUGAGGAGCAGCUGGCGAAGGAAAGAGAAGAGCUGGACAUGCAGAGAGAGACGUACCAGCAGGACUUGGAGAGACUGAGAGAGUCCACCAAAGCAGUGGAAAAAGAAAAGGAACGCCUGGAAAACCUGAAAAAGUUCAAGAGGAAGACGAUUGAGGUGGCUCCUCUGUCUGGCAGUUUAAACGGAGAGCUCCUCUCACCUCCUGGCCUCUCCAGCUCCACUAGUGCGUCCGACUUGCCGCUGGCCCAUAAGCCCUUAGUGCGCUCCAGCCUGUCCGUCACACCGGCCGACUAUCCCGAGCGCCCUGAGGUGACUCUGCGGCGGGAGGCGGGCUCCUCCACUCUGCCCCUGAAGACAGAAGUGCCGCUCCAUCUCUUCAGCACCACCAACCAGCAGCACAAACUGGUGGGGGUGCAGCAGCAGAUCCCCACCAAACUGGCAGCAAUCAACAGUGGCAAAGGAAAAGGGGGGAAGGGGAAAGCCUCGCAUCGUACUGACAGCACAGCGUCAAUGGACAUGAAGCAGAUGCUCCCUCUGAAACUCUCCUCCAAAGAGGACAACAUCCUGAAGGCCAAGCGCUCCAUCAGCCCCCACCAGCAGCCCCCUUCUCUUCAUCACCACACAGAUCAGCUGAGUCCUCCAGACAGCACCGGACUAGACACUCAGCUCACCUCCUCCGUCAGCUCCUCCCACCCUCCUCAUGCGCAGAAGCCCCCCAUGCCGACCACGCAUCCCCAUCCUCCACCCUCCAUUCCUCCGCACCCUCAGAGCACUGAUCCCCCUCAGUUCCAGCCCCACGUGCAGAACGUUCACGGGCUCAGCCACAGCAAAUCGCCUCCUUACACCAUCCCUACAGAAGACCUGAAUAAGGAGGAAGUUAUAUUUUUUUAGACUCCCUUUGCUCAAAGAACAAGCACAGACUCUUGACACAGAAACAGGCACAGGGCACUGAUCCCUGAUCAGCCUCUGAAAGGAGCAACUUUUAACAAGCAGCACAGUUUAACUAUCU